CCCACUAUGCUGAGGCAGAACUUGAUAUUAGAUGGAGGAACAGAGUUUAUCAGACAGUCAGCUGUUAACAGACACUGAAGUUAGUCUCUUCUACUGUAUUCAUCACUCACCUCACACACACACACACACACUUGUUGGACAUGGGAUUUCUUCUGACCAAGAUGAUGGCCGUCUUCGGUGACAGAGAGCACAAAGUUGUUAUCGUGGGUUUGGACAAUGCUGGAAAGACAACCAUCCUCUAUCAGUUUCUGACGAAAGAAGCCGUCCACACAUCACCAACCAUCGGCAGCAACGUUGAGGAGAUCAUCGUACGUAACACACACUUCUUAGUUUGGGAUAUCGGAGGACAGGAGAGCCUUCGAGCCAGCUGGUACUCAUACUAUGGCAACACAGAGAUUGUCAUUCUGGUUGUGGACAGCACCGACCGCGAACGCCUCACUCUCACCAAAGCAGAGCUGCACCGCAUGCUCUCACAUGAGGACCUACAGAACGCAGCCGUUCUUGUUUUGGCCAACAAACAAGACGUGAAGGGCUCGAUGACGGCGGCAGAGAUCUCCCAGUGCCUCACACUCGACUCCAUCACAACCCACUCCUGGCACGUCCAAGCCUGCUGUGCCCUGACAGGAGAAGGUCUACCUGCCAGUCUGGACUGGAUGAAGUCGCGGGUUGUUGCAAACUAGAACACAGCUCCAGUGGAUCAAACUUCCUCAAACUGAGCCAACCUCGAAGGAACUGCAAAGGUCACAGCGUCAGGGUUAUUUACAGUGUUUUGGGCAAAGUCCUGUGAACAUGGCGUCUGUGAUAGAGCCUGCCUCGCCACACCGACAGUAUGUCUUACCCAGCUGUGUGAGCGUCUGGAGGGGCUGCCUCUCAUAUGGCUGAGCCUCAGGGUGGAUGAGCAACAGAGAAACAUGGAUGAUCUUAAGAGUUGGUUAACGUACACCAAUAUCAGUAAAUUUAGACUCCAAGUGUUGAUUUUUGAACUGUUCAAGAACCGCUUGCUUGUUUGAUUAGCCUGUAUUCUAAUAAUCUGGUAUCUCAGUUGUGGUUAUGAAGCUGUGCACAGUAAGGAAGUGUUUUAUGUGCAUUUACCGUUUUUAAGUUUUCUUUAAGUGACCCAUGUGCACCAUGUUUAUGUAAGAUAUCCUACCUGACCAGUAAUAUCACAUUCCACUCUCAUAGGCGUUCUUUCAUUUCACUAAUCAAGGGACAACAGCUUACUUUAUUGAAUUGUAAAGUGGUAUUCAUUCAUUAAUUACUAGAACUGAACAACCGAGGAUGUUAAACCUACACUUGAAUAAUAAGCCAUCUGGAAAACAUGAGGCAGGUAGAUCAUAGAUGAUAAUUGAUAACACUAAAGCAUAUAUUUUACAGAUAAAGUGUUGUUUUUCUCAUAUUUAAAUUUGCUCUUUCAUUUCUCUUUGACAAUCAUGAACAUGAACCUGAACUACUUCUGCUGCAACCGAAUUUAGUACCUCACUUGUUACAAAAAAAGCUUUUCAAUCACAAAGUGAGUUUAGUAGCUGCCUAGUAUUAAGCCUCUAUCAUGGAAGACUUUUACACAAUAACUGAGAAGAAGCUGCAAGCACAAACUGUAGCUCAUGUCGCCUCCCUUAGUCAGAAACUCUGCAAUGUUGGGAUACAAGUCUGCACCUGAUGUAUAAGAUUAUAUUCUAUGCCAGUGAAUAACAGGACACUUUUGUUAGACCUAAAGGUUUUUAGUAAUUUAUUUUUUUAAAACAAAGCUCUUGAACUAUUUAUUGAAUAGGAAAAUGAGCUAGCUGCUAAUGACUAUGAGUCAUAUUACAAAAGUAUAUAUUGUAUUGUGUCAUUUUAAAUAAAUAUUAUCAUUGAAAAUAUC